GGGCUUCCGCUGCCGCCGCCGCCGCCGUCGUCCGAGUGAGGAGCCCGCGGCCCGCCCGCCCGCCCGCCCGCCGCGCCGGCGCCAUGAAGCGGCAGAGCGAACGCGACUCGAGCCCGAGCGGACGCGGCUCCUCGUCGUCGGCCAAGCGACCGCGGGAGCGCGAACGGGAAGUCGAGGCGGGCGGGCGGCGGGCGGCGCACAAGGCCUCCGGCGGCGGCGGCGGCGCCAAGCACCCGGGCCCCGCGCGGCCCCGCGACAAGCCCCGCGGCAGCAGCGGGGGCGGACACCGCGACGGCCGCGGCGCCGGAGACGCGAACCACCGCGCGGGCAGCGGCCGCUCCUCGGGCGCCGGCGGCGGGGGGCGCGGCGGCAAGGCCUCGGGGGACCCGGGCGCGUCGCCCCGCGCGUCUCCGCUGCCGCCGCCGCCUCCCCCGCCGCCGCCGCCCGGGGCCGAGCCCGCAGCGCCCGGCUCGUCGGCCGGCGCGCCCGAGUACAAGACGCUGCUCAUCAGCAGCCUGAGCCCCGCGCUGCCCGCCGAGCACCUGGAGGAUCGGCUCUUCCACCAGUUCAAGCGCUUCGGCGAGAUCAGCCUGCGCCUGUCGCACACGCCGGAGCUCGGCCGCGUGGCCUACGUGAACUUCCGACACCCGCAGGACGCGCGCGAGGCCCGCCAGCACGCCCUGGCCCGCCAGCUGCUGCUCUACGACCGGCCGCUCAAGGUGGAGCCGGUGUACCUGCGCGGCGGCGGCGGCGGCGGCGGGAGCAGCCGGAGGGGCAGCAGCAGCAGCGCCGCCGCCUCCACGCCGCCCCCGGGGCCGCCGGCGCCCGCCGACCCGCUCGGCUACCUGCCGCUGCACGGAGGCUACCCGUACAAGCAGCGCUCGCUGUCCCCCGUGGCCGCCGCGCCCCUGCGGGAGCCCCGCGCCCGGCACGCCGCCGCCGCCGCCGCCGCCUUCGCGCUGGAUGCGGCCGCCCUCGCCGCCGCGGGGCUGUCCCGGGAGCGCGCGCUCGACUACUACGGGCUCUACGACGAGCGCGGGCGCCCCUACGGCCACCCGGCCGCGUGCGAGGAGGAGCUGAUGCCCGAGGACGACCAGCGGGCCACGCGCAACCUCUUCAUCGGGAACCUGGACCACAGCGUGUCGGAGGUGGAGCUGCGCCGCGCCUUCGAGAAGUACGGCAUGAUCGAGGAGGUGGUCAUCAAGCGGCCGGCGCGGGGCCAGGGCGGCGCCUACGCCUUCCUCAAGUUCCAGAACCUCGACAUGGCGCACAGGGCCAAGGUGGCCAUGUCCGGCCGGGUCAUCGGCCGCAACCCCAUCAAGAUCGGCUACGGCAAAGCCAACCCCACCACCCGCCUCUGGGUGGGCGGCCUGGGACCCAACACCUCGCUGGCCGCCCUGGCCCGGGAGUUCGACCGCUUCGGGAGCAUCCGCACCAUCGACCACGUCAAAGGCGACAGCUUCGCCUACAUCCAGUACGAGAGCUUGGACGCGGCGCAGGCCGCCUGUGCCAAGAUGCGGGGCUUCCCGCUGGGGGGCCCGGACCGCAGGCUGCGGGUGGAUUUUGCCAAAGCGGAGGAGACGCGGUACCCGCCGCAGUACCAGCCCCCGCCGCUCCCCGUGCAUUACGAGCUGCUCGCCGACGGAUACGCGCGUCACCGGAACCUGGACGCGGACCUUCGGGUGCGGGACCGGACCCCUCCGCACCUGCUGUACUCGGACCGGGACCGGGCCUUCCUGGAGGGGGAUUGGGGCAGCCCGGGCGCCGGGAAGGGCUCGGAGCGCAGGAACAGCCUGGAGGGCUAUGGCCGCGCCGUGCGCAGUCGCAGCGGCGAGCGCUGGGGCGGCGACGGGGAGCGCGGGGCGGCCAAGGCCUGGGACGAGCGGCGGAAGCGGCGGAGCCUUUCCAGUGAGCGCGGACGGGCCGCCCACUCCCCGUACGAGGAGCGGAGCAGGACCAAGGGGGGCGGGCAGCCCUCGGAGCGGACCCCGGAGCGCAGUCGCAAGGAGAACCACUCCGGGGAAGGGAGCAAGGAGGCCGGGGGCAGCGCCCUGAGCAACAGCCGGCACGGGGCGGAGGAGCGGGGCCACCACCAUCACCACCACCACGAGCCCGCCGACUCUGGCCACGGGAAGAAGGCCAGGGAGAGCGAGCGCAACCACCGGACCACCGAGGCCGAGCCCAAGGCUCCGGAAGAGCCAAAACCCGAGACCAAAAAGCUGAAGACACUCGCCGAGUACGCGCAGACGUUGCAGCUCGGGUGGAACGGGCUUCUGGUGUUGAAAAACAGCUGCUUCCCAACAUCUAUGCACAUCCUGGAGGGGGACCAGGGCGUCCUCAGCGGGCUCCUCAAAGACCACACCUCGGGCAGCAAGCUGACCCAGCUGAAGAUCGCCCAGCGCCUGCGGCUGGACCAGCCCAAGCUGGACGAGGUGACCCGGCGCAUCAAGCAGGGGAGCCCCAACGGCUAUGCGGUGCUCCUGGCCACGCAGGCCGCCGCUGGGCCCGGCCCGGAGGGCGCGCCCGCGGUGGAGCCCGGCCUGCAGAGGCGCCUGCUCAGGAACCUGGUCUCCUACCUGAAACAGAAGCAGGCGGCGGGUGUGAUCAGCCUGCCGGUGGGGGGGUCCAAGGGCAGAGACAGCACGGGCAUGCUCUACGCCUUCCCGCCCUGCGCCUUCUCCCAGCAGUACCUGCAGUCCGCCCUGCGGACCCUGGGCCGGCUGGAGGAGGAGCACAUGGUGAUCGUGAUCGUCCGAGACAGCGCGUAGGGCGCCCGGGGCCUCUUGGUUUGACCCUCCCUGCUGGGUUAUUUUAUUUGGUGGGGAUCAAAGUCCUGUCCCCCACUAAAACUAAGUUCUUAGCUUUUUGAGGAUUUUUUUUUUUUUACAACAAUGAGAAGGGACUCGGUUAUGUUGAUUUCUAGUGUAUGAGAUACUGUCUGCUGUGUUCUGUAUUUUUUUUUUUAAUUUUUUGACUGUAUGGAAAGUUGUCAGUAAAGCCUUUGUCAGAGGAUCAAUUUUUAAUCCUGUUCCGAGUCCUGGUUUAAUCAAGUUUUCUCUUAAAGAGUGGACGACUCCCCAGUGCAUGCACACAAAUGCCCCACGCCAUCCUCCAGCUCCACCACCUGCAGAAGCGCGGCCCGGCCCGGCCCGGCGGCGGCUCUCGGCUCGCAGGGCUGUCGGGACCCUCACGCGUGUCGCAGGCCUCACAGCUGGGCUUGGAACCCGGCUGCACUGGCGUGCAGUGGAGCAGCUGUGCCUGGACCUCUUGCCCCGGUGCUGAGAAGGGACACGGCAGGUUGUGUGACCUCAGGAAGGCCCUGGCCA